CCAGGGACGCGCAGCCCCGCCCUCGCCCCCUCCUCUCCUACCCUUCAGAACCCGCGGAGCAGGGGGAGUAUGGAGCAAACGCCGCUGCUCUGGCACCAUGACGCUCGCCCGCUUCGCGGUGGCUCUGAUUUUCGGGGCGCUCCCCGGAGUGGUCAGCUUUGAUCCGGUCCUCAGUUACCCCCUCCACCACCGCCAUCGCCAUUCGCCCCCUCCGGGUACCCAGUACCCUUAUUACCUUCCUACCCAGCAGCGUCCACAGAGGACACCUCUGCCGCGCGUCCCGCGCCCCACGGCGGCGCUCCGGGCCCCGCGCCUGCAGGCCCUCCACGCCCGGCACACGCCCGGGCCGCGCGCCGGGGACUGCCCCGCCGGCGAGCCCUGGGUCAACGUGACGGACUUCGGCGCCUCUUGUCUGCGCUGGGCAGAGGUGCCACCGUUCCUCGAGCGGUCGCCCCCGGCGGGCUGGGCUCAACUGCGAGGGCAGAGCCACAACUUUUGCCGGAGCCCAGACGGCGCAGGCAGACCCUGGUGCUUCUAUGGGAACGCCCACGGCAAGGUGGACUGGGGCUACUGCGACUGCCGACACGGGUCAGUCCGACUUCAUGGUGGCAAAAACGAGUUUGAAGGCACAGUAGAAGUAUACGCAAAUGGAGUUUGGGGCACAGUCUGUAGCAGCCACUGGGAUGACUCUGAUGCAUCGGUUGUUUGUCACCAGCUGCAGCUGGGAGGUAAAGGAGUAGCAAGACAAACCCCAUUUUCUGGACUGGGCCUUAUUCCCAUUUAUUGGAGCAAUGUCAGUUGCCGAGGAGAUGAAGAAAAUAUACUGCUUUGUGAAAAAGACAUCUGGCAGGGUGGGGCGUGUCCUCAGAAGAUGGCAGCUGCUGUCACAUGUAGCUUUUCCCAUGGCCCUGUGUUCCCCAUCCUACGCCUUGCUGGGGGGAGUAGUGUGCGUGAGGGCCGAGUGGAGCUCUACCAUGCGGGUCAGUGGGGGACCGUCUGUGAUGACCAGUGGGAUGAUGCAGAUGCAGAAGUGGUCUGCAGGCAGCUGGGCCUGAGCGGCAUUGCCAGAGCAUGGAAUCAGGCAUAUUUUGGGGAAGGAUCUGGCCCAGUAAUGUUGGAUGAAGUACGCUGCACUGGGAAUGAGCUUUCUAUUGAGCAGUGUCCAAAGAGUUCCUGGGGAGAGCAUAAUUGUGGCCAUAAAGAAGAUGCUGGAGUGUCCUGUACCCCUCUAACAGAUGGGGUCAUCAGACUUGCAGGUGGUAAAGGCAACCAUGAGGGUCGCCUGGAGGUGUAUUACAGGGGACAGUGGGGCACUGUCUGUGAUGACGGCUGGACUGAGCUGAAUACAUAUGUGGUUUGCCGACAGCUGGGAUUUAAAUAUGGCAAACAAGCCUCUGCAAACCACUUUGAAGAAAGCACAGGGCCCAUAUGGUUGGAUGAUGUCAGCUGCUCAGGAAAGGAAACCAGUUUCCUUCAGUGUUCUCGGAGACCCUGGGGAAGGCAUGACUGCAGCCAUCGGGAAGAUGUUGCUAUCUCCUGCUACCCUGGCAGGGAUGGACACAGACUGUCUCUGGGUUUUCCAAUCAGACUGAUGGAUGGAGAAAAUAAGAAAGAAGGACGAGUGGAGGUUUUUAUCAAUGGCCAGUGGGGAACAAUUUGUGAUGAUGGGUGGACUGAUAAGGAUGCAACUGUGAUCUGUCGACAGCUUGGCUACAAGGGUCCUGCCAGAGCAAGAACCAUGGCUUAUUUUGGGGAAGGAAAAGGACCCAUCCACGUGGAUAAUGUGAAGUGCACAGGAAAUGAGAGGUCCCUGGCUGACUGUAUCAAACAAGAUAUCGGAAGACACAACUGCCGCCACGGUGAAGAUGCAGGAGUUAUUUGUGAUUAUUUUGGCAAGAAAGCAUCAGGUAACAGUAAUAAAGAGUCUCUCUUAUCUGUUUGUGGUUUGAGAUUACUGCACCGUCGGCAGAAGCGGAUCAUUGGUGGGAAAAAUUCUUUAAGGGGUGGUUGGCCUUGGCAAGUGUCCCUCCGGCUCAAGUCAUCCCAUGGAGAUGGCAGACUCCUUUGUGGGGCCACACUCCUGAGUAGCUGCUGGGUCCUUACAGCAGCACACUGCUUCAAGAGGUAUGGUAACAGCACUAGGAACUAUGCUGUUCGGGUUGGGGAUUAUCAUACUCUGGUGCCGGAGGAGUUUGAAGAAGAAAUUGGAGUUCAGCAGAUUGUGAUUCACCGGGAGUAUCGACCAGACAGCAGUGACUACGACAUCGCCCUGGUUAGAUUACAAGGACCAGAAGAACAAUGUGCCAGAUUCAGCAGCCACGUUUUGCCAGCCUGUUUGCCACUCCGGAGAGAGAGGCCACAGAAAACAGCCUCCAAUUGUUACAUAACAGGAUGGGGAGACACAGGACGAGCCUACUCAAGAACUCUACAACAAGCAGCCAUCCCCUUACUUCCCAAGAGGUUUUGUGAAGACCGUUAUAAGGGUCGAUUUACAGGAAGGAUGCUCUGUGCUGGAAACCUCCACGAACACAAACGUGUGGACAGCUGCCAGGGAGACAGCGGAGGACCACUCAUGUGUGAACGGCCAGGAGAGAGCUGGGUUGUAUACGGGGUGACCUCCUGGGGAUAUGGCUGUGGGGUCAAGGAUUCCCCUGGUGUGUAUACCAAAGUCUCAGCCUUUGUACCUUGGAUAAAAAGUGUCACCAAACUGUAAUCAUUCAUGGAAACCUCAAGAAAAUAAUAUUUAGAGAAUCUGUUGGAAACUUUCCAACAUUGGCAUUUAGCCGAGAUGCCAACUAAUGGGAACGGAGAUCCCUGUUUCUGUGUUUUGUGUUGUGAUAAGAACUGCGCAUCCCUUUGCUGCUUGAGAAUUUGUGAUGUGAACAUUUUGGCUACAGAUACCUCAGUGUAGUAAUGAUUAUCCUUAUUUAGCAUUGUUGCCUACCCAGAUUAGUUUAAUAGACACUAAAUUCAUUAUUCUCAUCAGUCUCGUCUCUGCCUGUUCUCAGCAUUCUCCAGAGAUUAUUGUAUAUUGAUUGUGCAG